CACAUUGUUCAGCUCUUGCAGACGACGACAGUUCCCUCUCACAAAGUGAGACCGAACGACUGGAGUGACAGACUGACAGGACAGUUCAGGAGUUCCCGAAUACAAAUCUAAGAAAAUGGAAGAUUUGAAUAUAAAUGAAAUGCUGAAACCUUAUGUGUCUUUUGUCAGAAAACCUAAGGCAGGAGAUAAAGUUUUUAAGGAUGAAUGUGUUUUUUCCUUCGACACACCGGAAUCGGAAACAGGAUUGUAUGUGUGCCUCAACACUUUUUUGGGGUAUGGCCAAGAUUAUGUGGAUUACCAUGUAAACAAAACUGGAAACCAAAUUUUCCUUCACCUGAAAAAAAUUAAAAAAUUGAUUCCUCAAGACAAGAAUGAAUUGGAACCUGAAAAGAAAAUUACUAGGUUGGCUAUUGGUAUAGAAGGUGGUUUUCCGAUAGAAAAUGCUCCCAAAUAUGAAUUUGAAGACAAAAAUUCAAUUGCUAUUUUUCCUGGUCCAAAAGAAAUUCCACUCCCACAACCUAAUCUACCAACUGAAUUGGAAAAUAGUGUUCAAGGUAUUCUUGCUGCUUCAAGUGCUAGUUACUUAGAGGAAUUGUCAGCACUUGAAUCAACAUGGGAUGGAGAAAAUAGAGUGGUGUCAAAGUUUGCCGAAAAACUUGAACAGUUACAAAAUGGUGUUAAAGUUCCACCAAAUGGGUGGCAAUGCUCCAAAUGUGACAAAACUGAAAACCUUUGGCUUAAUCUUUCUGAUGGAACCUUAUUAUGUGGCCGCAAAUUCUUUGAUGGAACUGGUGGCAACAAUCAUGCCCUUGAGCAUUACCAAGCUACUGGGUAUCCAUUAGCUGUUAAGUUGGGCACGAUCUCAGGGGACGGUAAAGCAGAUGUAUAUAGCUAUGCCGAAGACGACAUGGUUGAGGAUCCAUAUUUAAAACAGCAUCUUUCCCACUUUGGUAUCAACAUGGAAGGAAUGAAGAAAACAGACAAAUCAAUGGCCGAAUUAGAAAUUGAUUUGAACCAACGAGUAGGCGAAUGGGCCUCUAUUCAAGAAACCGGGAAAUCAUUAACUCCUUUGUUUGGACCGGGUUAUACAGGAUUAGCUAAUCUUGGAAAUUCUUGUUAUCUUAAUAGCGUGAUUCAGGUACUUUUCACUGUUCCUGCGUUUCAAGAAAGAUUUUUCGAAGACAGCAAAGCAGUUUUUGGUUCCGCUGAUACUAACGCGUUUCAAGAUUUCAACGUUCAAAUGGCGAAGUUGGCUGUUGGAAUUCUUUCUGGACGUUAUUCCGUCCCUGUUCCCGAUGUCGAAAUUCAGUAUCAGCAGGGUAUUAAACCCUCGAUGUUUAAAUCUCUGAUUGGUAAAGGCCACCCUGAAUUUUCAACUAAACGGCAACAAGAUGCAGUAGAAUUCUUACUUCAUUUGAUCAACGUCACAGAACGGCAUAUCCGAGUUCAUCCAAAAUCUACAGUCAGUCCGGCCGAGAGCUUCAAGUUUCGUGUGGAAGAGCGAUUACAGUGCCUCACGUCUGCCCAAGUUCGUUACACACACAGAUCUGAAUAUAAUUUACCGGUACCAGUCCCACUUGAAACCGCAUCUAACAUGGAAGAAGUUCGCCUUUAUAAUGAACAGAAAAAGGCAGCUAUGGCUACCGGCCAACCAUUGAAGUCGGAUGAUGUAGUGCGCCCGAAAGUCACUCUGCAAUCUUGUUUGGAAGCUUUAGUCCGUCCAGAAGAAGUUCAGAAUUUCUACAGCACUGCUAUCAGUGGCAAAACAACUGCUCUUAAGAUCACAAAGUUAGCUACUUUCCCAGACUUUUUGUGGAUUCAAUUACGGAAAUUUACUUUGGCUGAAGACUGGACUCCAGUGAAGCUUGACGUUGCCGUUGAAAUUCCUCAUAUACUUGAUUUAUCUUUCAUGAAAGCCAGUGGUCAGCAGCCGGACGAAAUUCUAAUGUCUGAUCAAGUUUCUGCUAGUGAUGCAGUUGCUGAGCCAGCAAUUGAUUUGGCCAUAGUGGAAUCUUUGACAGAAAUGGGAUUUCCUGUGGCCGCUUGCAAACGUGCAGCUACUCUCACUCAUGGUAGAGGACUGGAGGCUGCUACUCAGUGGAUCAUGGAACACAUGGACGAUCCUGACUUCCUUGCUCCACCACCAUCUUCUGCAUCAGAGACCUUUAAACCAAACGAAGAAGGCGUUGCUAUGCUGCAGUCGAUGGGUUUCAGUCGUUCACAAUGCGUUAAGGCCCUGCAAAAUACGGAUAAUAAUGUGGAACGAGCAGCCGACUGGAUAUUUUCGCAUCCUGAUGAAAUUAAUUGCGAUGACUUUACACCAGCUCUUUCCGCAACUCCUGCAAAUGCGCCUACCGUUUCGGAACCAACGUUCUCAGAUGGCCCUCCUGUGUAUGAAUUGGCUGCCUUUAUUUCUCACAUGGGAACAUCUACAAACGUUGGACACUACGUUUGUCACAUUAAACGGGAUGGGCGCUGGGUAAUUUACAACGAUGAAAAAGUAGCUGUUUCUGAAAACCCUCCCUUUGAACUCGGUUAUUUGUAUUUGUACCGUCGAUCGUCAAGGAACUGAAGCUGCGUGUUAUGGUAAACUUCGCCUUUUGGUUAUUUCAUUUCCGUUUGGAUAUUUCACUAAUAACCAACAGAAGAGUUUUCUCGUCCUUGAAUACAACUGUUUUGCCGAAGA